AUGGGGCGCUGCCAUGGCGGACCGUUUAUUUCCCCUCCAUCCUCAUUGGUCACCGCACAUGGCGACAUGGGCAGCUCUUUGGAAGGGCAGGUGACCCUGAGGAAGUUGGGAACUCCCUCAGAAGACGAGCUCUUGGCUUCUAGUCAAGAGACAGUUGAUGAAAAAGCUGUGGGCCACAGCACGCCAUCAACUAUAAAUCAACCGAUCACAUCCGCUGAUGCCAAGUGGCAAAAGCGUCAAUACCCAAAAAAAGGCCCGUCUAGAUAUAAGCUUUACCAGCGGUCUCUAGCUAUUCUCGGCAGAAUAAGCAAAAAUGAGGCCGAAGGUAAAACUCAUCCCAAAGAUGCGGCCGAUAAGGCAAGGUGCCAAAAGGUGGUCGAUGAGUACCUGGCGUUCCAGGCCACCCAGAAGGCAGAAGCCGUAAAACGCAAUCAUUCGCAGGACGAGGGCUGUAAAACUGCGAAAAAGCUCAAGACGUCUCACACUGCUCUGACGUCCAAACCAGCCAAACGCGCGUUUAACGAGGUGGCACGGGAUCACCUGCAAACGGCGUUGGUGGACGAGUUAAUGAACCGCGGUAAACCUGCGUUAGAAAGGUGGUCCGAAAUCGAGGCACGGCUGUCUCGCAUUGUCGUUGAUCACGUCAUGGCAAGCCCGGAGGGUCAAGUGCCAGGUUAUGAUUCAAUGGAGGUGGUCCGUGGAUACAGGGUGAUCAAAUGCGACGAUCAGUUCUCUGUUGAUUUCCUUCAAAACGCUAUUAGCAAAAUCCAGAGCGACUGGGAAGGCUUGAGGCUCAAACUAAUCCCAGCCAGUGAGAUCCCAAGACGACCAAGGGCUCGUAUCUGGAUACCGAACAUGGAGUUCGAGGCUAAGCAGUUAAUACCAUACCUGCAAGCACACAACCGCACUGUUCCAAUGGAUGACUGGAGUAUCAUCAAAGCGGAGGCUCCGCAAAAGAACAGUGUGUCCUUCCUUCUCCAAAUCUCGGAGGAGAGUAUUGAGCCACUGGGAAAAGUGGACAACAAACUUCGGUUUGGCGUGAGGAAAGCGCAUCUGAAGUUAUUCCGUUCUGCAAAUCCGGAGGAUGAGCAGGGCGAGGUUGACGACGCUAAUGAGUUGCUCAUGGGCAUGCAACUGGAAGAAGCCGGGUCCACCCAAAACGAUGGCGCUAAUGAGCAGCAUACGGGCAUGCAGCUUGACGCCCCUAAAAACGACCACUCAUCGGAUGUGACGGUCAUCGAAAUGGAGGCUACUGACGGCGUCAGGAUCAAAAUUGCCUCCAUCUACAUGGCACACGACCAACCAGCACCACCUGACGAGGCUCGUAGGCUUGUGCUUGACUGCAAAAACAGUAUCCUGCUACUAGGAUGUGACGCCAAUGCGAGGCAUCCCCUAUGGGGGAGUACCGAAACGAAUGAUCGAGGCAGUGCAGUGCAGAAUAAAUCAGUGCAACUACCCAAAUUCAAUCCAGACAAGUCGGGCGCCAACGCUUCAUCGUGGUGUACUACCGUUGAAAUUAUACUUCACGAAAAUGCAUUAAAAGGCAGCGCGUUGGUCAUGGCCUUGAGCUCAGAAUUAGAGGGAAGCGCUUCGCAAUGGCUUUCGCAAGUGUGUUACGCCGAAAUCACCUGGGCCGAGUUUAAAGAAUUGUUCAUACAGCGCUUUGAUACCGUAGAAACACCAGCCGCAAUGUUUCUAAGUAUGCUGUCGAAUCGACCGACUGACGGCGAGUUUCUCGCAGUGCAUGCAAGCCGCAUGGUUACAGAGCUGACGACGAAAUGGCGCCAAAUGGGAGUUGAAGAGAUUGCUGUCUCUGUCACUCUUGCGUUGCUAGCAAGUUUCGAUAAUCGAUUGCAGCGUUUAAGCUUCACGUCGAAUGUUAAAACAAGAAGCGAUUUGCAGUCCGAAUUAAAAGCGUUCACUUUUAAUAAAAGGAAAUCUGGCUUUAUGGAGCAUCAAUCCGAAACUUUUCCCAAACGGCAAAAACAAUCACCGAUAGAGUGUCACUUCUGCGGCAAAUUGGGCCAUAAAAUGAUUGACUGCCGACUCAAGAAACAACAAAAUCAUUUUUCAAGUGGUAAUGAACGACGUGGUAGACAAGAAGGUCAUCACCGUGAAACAUCAAGCGUAACAUGCUACAAGUGCGGAGAAUUGGGUCACAUAUCUACCCAAUGCCCAAAGAAGGAAGCUAAUAGGAACAAGACAUUCAACCAGGAAAAGCGAGUCGAGCAGUGCAGCGUUGCAGUACCAAAGGGACACAUGGAUCAUAGAGGCCAAAUUUUUGAAAUCACCUUCGAUUCUGGAGCAGAAUGUUCGUUGAUGAAAGAAAAGAUAAGUAUAAAAUUCUCUGGCAAAAGAUUCAAUAAUGUGGUUAUGCUGAAAGGCAUAGGCAGUGGUGGAAUUUGUAGUACUGUACAGAUAUUAAGUAAUGUAAAAAUUGAUGACAAUUGCAUUGAAAUUCUGUUUUAUAUAAUAAGUGAUGAUCACAUGGAAAACAAAAUUUUGAUUGGACGGGAAAUACUAAAUCAGGGUUUCGAUAUUGUUGUUUCAUCAAACCAAUUUAAAAUCUCAAGAACCAAAAUAAUUAAUUCAUGUAUUGGUGGUGAGCCGACCGAUAUUGAUACAGAACUUGAGGGUCAAGACAAAAUAAAACUGCAUUCAUUGUUGGCAAAGUAUUCAAAUUCUUUUAUAAAAGGUAUUCCAGGUACUAAAGUCAAGGUUGGUGAAAUGAAAAUUAGAUUAAUUGAUCCAAGUAAAACAGUUCAAAGAAGGCCAUAUCGUUUAAGUCCAUGCGAGCGAGAUUUAGUAAGGGAAAAAAUUAACGAAUUGCUAAAAUACAAAAUAAUUAGACCAAGCUGUUCACCUUACGCAAGCCCCAUAUUGUUGGCCAAGAAGAAAGAUGAUUCAGAUAGACUUUGUGUUGACUACAGAGAGCUAAAUUCAAAUACAGUCGCCGAUAAAUACCCGUUGCCACUUAUACAGGAUCAAAUAAAUAGACUUCAAGGAGUUAAUUAUUUUACCUGUUUAGAUAUGGCCAGCGGUUAUUACCAAAUUCCCUUACACACCGAUUCUAUUGAGUAUACAGCAUUUGUGACCCCAGAUGGUCAAUAUGAAUUUUUAUCAUGCCGUUUGGGGCCUUCUGUGUUUCAACGUUUAGUAAUGCAAGCUCUAGGUGACUUAGCAAAUUCGUAUGUUAUCGUCUAUAUGGACGAUAUAAUGAUAAUUGCCUCAACAAAAGAUCAAGCGCUAGAAAGAUUAGAAAUUGUUCUAAACACAUUAACAGAAGCUGGAUUUUCAUUCAACAUUACAAAGUGUUCUUUUUUGAAAACAUCGGUUCAAUAUUUAGGCUACAAUAUUAGUGUUGGUGAAAUUCGUCCAAACCCUCAGAAAAUUGUAGCAUUAACUGCUCUUCCGCCUCCGCAGUCAGUCACAUCGCUAAGACAAUUUAUUGGCUUAGCAUCUUAUUUUCGACAAUUUAUUGGGGGAUUUUCACAAUUGAUGAAGCCGCUGUAUUUUUUAACUUCAGACAAAAGUAAAUUCGUUUGGAAAACUGAACAUGAGCAGAUACGAAAAAAAGUUGUUUCUAUUCUUACCGAUAAACCAGUCCUUGUAAUUUUUGACCCAAAUCAUCCAAUUAAGUUGCAUACAGAUGCAAGUUGUGAUGGCUACGGUGCAAUUUUAUUACACAAAAUUAUUAACAAACCCCACGUAAUUGAGUACUAUAGUAAAAUUACUUCACCUGCAGAGUCAAGAUACCACUCAUAUGAGUUGGAAACUUUAGCUGUUGUAAACUCCAUUAAACAUUUUCGACAUUAUCUGUUAGGCAGGAACUUUACUGUGUUUACUGAUUGUAACUCGCUAAAGGCGUCAAGAAACAAACAAGACUUGACCCUCAGAGCACAGCGUUGGUGGGCUUACUUGCAGGCGUUUACGUUCGACAUUCAAUACAGAGAGGGGAAAAGAAUGGCACAUGUCGACUUUUUGUCAAGAAAUCCUCUUUUACCAAAGCCUACUUGUGGAGUAGGGGUGAUUGACGAGAAGAGAGUUAACUUGGCUGAAAUUUCAAGCAACUGGCUCAUUGCUGAACAGCGUCGAGACGCGGACAUAGCCGAAAUUGUGAUUAAAUUAAAAGAUUUUUCUGAAGAUAUUGCGAAAACCUAUGAACGAAGGGCAGAAGUUCUUUACCGAAAAAUACAGAGGAAUGACAGAACACGUUGUUUGCCAGUAGUGCCACGUGCCUUUAGAUGGUCCGUUAUCAACCAAGUUCAUGAGUCGAUAAUGCAUUUAGGUUGGGAGAAGACACUGGAUAAAGUCUACGAUUUUUAUUGGUUUGACAAUAUGUCAAAAUAUGUCAGAAAAUUUGCUGAUAACUGUAUCACUUGUGAAAUAUCCAAAUCAACCUCAGGAAAAAUACAAGCUGAAUUGCAUCCCAUUUCUAAAGUCAAUAUUCCUUGGCACACUAUCCACAUCGAUAUAACUGGAAAACUAAGUGGCAAAAGUGACCAGAAUGAGUAUGUAAUUGUUAAAGUAGACGCGUUUACCAAGUAUGUCUAUCUUAGUCAUAGCCUUAAAUUAUACACUGACCAGGGUAGGUGUUUUACGGGUGGAAAGUUUAGCCAAUUCUGUUCAGAUAAGAAAAUAAACUUGCAUUUGAUUGCCACUGGUGCUAGCCGAGCUAAUGGCCAAGUGGAACGAACAAUGAGAACGUUGAAAAAUAUGCUGACUGCGGUUGAAACUGGAACUCAGUCUUGGCAAGAUGUGUUGGGAGAGGUGCAGUUGGCAAUCAAUUGUACAACUAACCGCGUGACGAAGGCUAGUCCGUUAGAAAUGUUAUUGCUAAAGAUAGCACGUCCAUUAGGAUUACUCCCACCUAGCGAUAUUGAAGAUGAGUAUGGUAUAUGA